AGUCCUGACUGACAUAGAAACUCAGAGAAUCUUCUCACUGUAACUCAGCUGAAACUCACAUCUCCUGUCAACAUGUCCUACAACUGCUGCUCUGGAAAAUUCUCCUCCUGCUCCCUUGGGGGCUACCUGCGCUACCCACGCUCCUCCUGUGGCUCUUCCUACCCCAGCAAGCUGAUCUACCGCACUGACCUCUGCUCUCCCAGCACCUGCCAGCUGGGCUCCUCUCUCUACAGGAACUGUCAGAGGACCUGCUGGGAGCCCACCAGAUACCAGACACCCUGUGUUGUGUCCAGGCCCUGCCAGACAUCCUCCUACGGCCUGAGGACCUCCACACUCCGCAGUCCCUGCUGGACAACUUAUGCUGGAUCCCUGGGCUUUGGAUCCAGAAGCUGCUACUCACUGGGCUGUGGAUCCAGUGUCUUCAAACCCCUGGGUUACAGAGUCUGUGGCUUUCCCGCCCUGGGCUAUGGAUCCAGAUUCUGCUGCCCAACCUACUUCCCUUCUAGGAGCUGCCAGUUUUCUUGUUAUAGGCCAACAUUUAGAUCAGCCUUCUGUAGAUCAACAUGCUGAGUUUCCAGACCUUUUGAGCAAAAUGUUUCAGUCUCUGCUUAGAGCUACUAUCAUAGAGUUUUUCAGCAAUGUUAGCUAACCUCUCUCACCACCAACUUUUCACCACUUCUCUGGCAUCAAGCACUGGCUUAUAGACUAGUUCUUUCAGACAGUGAAAUUAUUGAAUGACCAAAUAUAGAGUCCAGUGUC